AUGUGGAUGAUCAUGAAGGACAAUGGGGCGCGCACCAGGCUGUGGGGGCCAUGUCUGAUUUUUCUUCACACUGUCAGCUCCGGGUCAAAUUUCAGGCUCUACUCUUUUAGUUCUCUACCCAGUACAAAGGGAUCCGUAAAGCCAAGUGCUAGAAGCGAAAAUGGGAGUGAAGAGGAACGCCCCAGAUGCACGGGAAGGAGGACGGGCUACAGAGCUCGCAUUCGACGCGAGCGUGACUUCUCGUUGGUUGUUGAACGCGUGAACUCUAUUAUCCACCUGCGCGCUUCCCAUGGCUUGACAGCGUUCCCGCCACGCUUCGGCGUGUUCGCUUCCGAAAAUGACGGGCCUCGACAUCGAUCAGCGUACUUCAAGCGGAGGUACGUAGAACUCGACAGCGACGCCGAGGAAGAAGACACGGAUGCCGUCGAGGGCCUCUAUUCAAGCCAGGCCGUGUCUUACAGCGAUCGCGCUUCCAUGUCACCACCGCGGAAGAAGCGCGCGCUCGGCGCCAGCCACGAAGAAUCGGAGGCGGACUGCGAUGAAGAAGAGGCGAUUGUCGAGGACACACAGGCAUCAAGUUCCUCGAGUGCCCUUCGACGGUGCACCUGGCACACAUGUGCUGCAGAGGGCGACGACGACUUUCUCGUCGCCCACAUUCUCUCCGUGCACCUCCCGCUGAAGCGGGGCUUCCACAGCGGACCAGCGGGCGUCACUUGCGAAUGGCGCGACUGCAGGCACACCGGCACCCCAGAGUCUGUGUGGCGACACACGAAGGAGGUCCACAAGGCGGACGCCCAGCAGCUGGCAACCCAGCUUGGAGGCGUCGGACGCAACGGAACGUUCCGCUUUCCGUGCCAGCGGGAAGCUUGCCGGCUCAGGGCGUUGAGGGCAGAGCCUGUGGACGACCAGGCGGAUGGCACGGAGCGACAGAUUGGCACCGUGCAGUGGACACAGUUCAAGCGGCACUGCGAAUCCGUCCAUUGGAAAGCUGGGUCUCUGGCUCGCUGCGCGCUUUGCGGAUUCGUCGACCGCAGGGAGUCCUGGAAGCGCAGGAACCAUACAACUGGGUGCCUGAGCCGGUUCAUGGCGCUACCUGCCUUCAGGCGCGGGGAUGCGACGGACGAGAGCCUGCUCUCCUACCAAAAUUCCUCCCGGUGGCCCGCCGAUCACCUACCUGCAUCUCGCUUUCCUUUCGGAGCACAAGAAUCCAUUCACGAGCCGAUCCUGACGCAUACGGGUCUGCAGGUCAACCCCGAGGUGCAGUGCGUGUGGGACUGCAACCCCAAGGGCUCUGUCUAUAUGGUGUGGAAGAUGCUCGAGAAAUGCCUGAAGAACCUUCUCGGGAUGAGGUCGCUCUAG